UAAAGAAAAAUAAAUCGCAAUUCAAAAUGGGAAAUCAAAGUGAAAUAACACAAACCCUUCCUACAAAUUUAAAUAUAUAUGAAGCUGCACUUAAGGGAGAUAAAAAUUACUUGGUCGAGUUGCUAAAAAAAGAUGAAUUAGCUCUCGAUCGAUGCAUCAUUGAAAAAUCAUGCACCUACAUGCAAUCUCCAUUACAUAUAGCCGUUGAAAUGAAUCACUUAGAUUUCGUAAAACAAAUUCUAGAGAGAAAGCCGAAACUAGCAGAGGCGGUUGAUCAAAUAAAAAGAUCAACCCCACUACACAUUGCAGCUGCAACAAAAGGGUCAUUAGAGAUUGUCAAGAAGUUGCUCAAAGUGAAACCGAACAUGUGUUUCGUGCACGAUCAAGAUGGAAUGACGCCCCUUCAUGUCGCGGCAGUAAAUGGGAACACUGAUGUGCUUGAAGAGUUUCUCAAGAAGAAACGUCAGGCUGCUUUGGAACGAACUACGAGAGUUGAAACAAUUUUACAUUUGUCCGUGAAAAAUUGUCAGCUAGACACAUUGAAAGCAUUGGUUGAAAUUACGUAUGAUCUUGAGUUACUAAACUCCCAGGAUAGUGAUGGCAAUACUGUCUUACACCUUGCUGUGGCUUACAAAGAAAAAGAGGUAACAUGAAAUCUAACUCUUCAAUUCUCUUCCAAUUUUUACAUGUUAAGCUUUACUUUGUCACGUUAAUUAUACUAUCAUGAAUUUG